AUGGCUUCAGCUUCUUUCAUAGCAAAUUUAAACCCAAACCCAAACCCACUUACAGUUUUUUCUGAUAUUCAAGUUUAUAAUAACCCUAGUAGACACUCUUCUUCUCUUGGGAAAGUUAAAUUACCAAAUUGGAGUUCAACCUUGUCAGCAAACAGACAAUCCAUUACUGCCUUCUCAGUUGCACCAAGGCUUGCUGCACCUGUACCUGUUGUUAUAUCAGAAACCAGUUCUUCUUUAGCUCAUGUUUGGAAAGAGAUUCAAGGUUCCAACAAUUGGGAAAAUCUAAUUGAACCCUUGAAUCCUCUCCUACGUGAUGAGAUUAUUAAGUAUGGUGAGCUUGUUACAGCAUGUUACAAAGCUUUUGAUUUCGAUCCAAACUCGAAACGCCACUUGAAUUGUAAGUAUGGGAAGAAGAGUAUAUUAAAAGAAGUUGGUCUUGAAGAAUCUGGUUAUGAAGUAACCAAAUACAUCUAUGCAACACCUGACAUCAAUGUUCCAAUCCAAAAUGUUGAGUGUUGUGCUCGUUGGAUUGGUUAUGUUGCUGUUUCAAAUGAUGAUGCUGUAAGAAGGCUUGGAAGAAGAGAUAUUCUUGUUACAUUUCGUGGAACUGUGACAAAUCCAGAGUGGAUUGCCAAUUUUAUGAGUUCUUUGACACCGGCGAGAUUAGACCCUAUUAACCCUAGGCCUGAAGUGAAGGUGGAGUCUGGAUUUCUAAGCUUAUAUACAUCAGAAGACAGCAAUCGUCGAUUUGGGUUUGGGAGUUGUCGAGAACAGCUUCUUUCCGAAGUUUCUCGUCUUGUUAACAAGUAUAAGGAUGAAGAGGUGAGUAUAACAUUUGCUGGACAUAGUAUGGGAAGUGCCCUAGCUCUUCUUCUAGCAUAUGAUAUCGCCGAGCUCGGUUUGAAUACCGAUGAUUCAAAUCGAAAAAUACCUCUCACAGUAUACUCAUUUGCUGGUCCUAGAGUAGGGAAUCCUGGUUUCAAGGAGAGAUGUGAGGAGUUGGGUGUUAAGGUUCUAAGAGUAGUGAAUAUCAAUGACCCAAUUACAAAGCUACCUGGGGUUCUCUUCAAUGAGAAUUUUAGGGUUUGGGGAGAGAGAUAUGAACUCCCAUGGAGCUGUUCAUGUUAUGCUCAUGUGGGAGUUGAGUUAGCUCUUGAUUUCUUUAAGAUGCAAAACCCUUCAUGUGUUCAUGACUUGGAAACCUAUAUCAACUUAUUGAAAUGUCCUAAGAGGGUUCAAGCUCAAAGAGAUGGAGAAGAUCUUAUGAACAAAGCAAAGGAGUGGUUUUUGAGUGCACAGAAGUUGGACACUUGGUCAUGGCAAAAUGCUGCAAAGAGCAUCAUGGCUAACUUCAAUGUCUAAGACAUAGAAGAUAGAUAUAGAUAAAUUUUGUAUUAGGGAAAAAACCCUAACCCUUGUAUAUCUUUUUUGUGGGCAG